AUGGCAAUGGAAAUGCUCGCCAUCACAGCGCCGACUUACACUGACCCAUCUCGGUAUGAGCUCUCUAGUGUGCCUCGGCCUACGGUCACGGAGAAGACGGACGUGGUUAUACGAGUUCAUGCAGCGAGCAUUAAUCCUGUGGACGUGAAGAAGGCUGCCGGUGUGUUUAAGUCGGCAGUAGAGGAAAAGUUUCCAUAUCAGAUUGGAUACGAUGCCUCGGGUGUAGUUGUGGAUAUAGGGGAAGAUGUGAAAGGCUUGAAAGUUGGCGAUGAGGUUUACACACGCUUGCCGGAAAUCGGCCGAGGUUCAUGGAGCGAGUAUGCCAAAUGUGCAGAGCGCUACGUAUCUCUCAAGCCCAAGAAUCUCUCCUUCAGUGAUGCUGCAUCGUUGCCGCUCGCCGGCGUCACGGCGCUGCAGGUACUUAGGAAGUAUAAUGGCUCACUAGAAGGAAAGACAGUGUUCAUACCCGCCGGUUUGAGCGGGACGGGAACAUUUGCGUGCCAACUUGCCAAGAACAUUUUCCGCGCCGGCAAAGUCAUAACUACGGUUUCAACGUCCAAGAUUCCAAAAGUCGCAGAGCUUCUUGGCGAAGGCGUCGUAGACCAGGUGAUUGAUUACACAAAACAUGAUCCCACUGAGAUCAUCCCCCAACACUCCGUCGACUUUCUAUUUGACACAACUGGCCAAUCUAUGCAGUUCCUCUCCCUGAUGGUUCCCUCCACAAGCAUGAUUGUAUCCAUUUCCACGAAACCAUCCGCCGCAACCCUGCAGGAGUCGUCUGUCAUGCAACGACCCGACAAUCCUCGCAUCCCGUUAUUCGGGCGCAUGUACCUCGACGCGGGCGAUACGCUGCGUAAACUACGAGCACGUCGCUGGGGCGUCACAUAUAUGUACUGGUUCCUUGAUCCAAACGCGGAGGACCUAGAUACAAUUACGGGGUAUGUUGAAGAAGGGAAGCUAUUGCCAGUGGUGGGUGCGAGGGUGGACAUGAGGGAUAUCAAAAAGGUGCGGGAGGCAUGCCAGUUAACUUAUGACGGGAAGGGAGGCCUAGGCAAGACUGUGUUUGAGGUUAUCCGAGACUAA